UCCAGCAGGGACGUAAACUGGACUGGGAGAGCGGAUCAUUAAAAGUCCGGAGAGGAACACCGCGGUUGUUUUGGAAUAUUGUUUUGGUGGACAUCUGCUGAGCUUGGCUCGGCUCUGACGUCAUCCCACCCUCGCUUUGCCGCUUCUCUGAGCCUCGGCAGUGCCAUGUAAUCGUAAGGGACGUUUGGGAGCUGCUGUCAUUUGUGUAGGUUUUGUCUGGAGGGGUCAGGUCAGGGAAGUGCAGAGGCGUCCAAGCAGAAAUCUGAGCUGCAGGAGCGGAUCGCAGGAACGAAUCGCCCCGGAGCCAGAGCGCUGCCUGCCGGGAGGAUGAUCCGAGGAGACCCCGGCGACGCGGUCGAGGUCCGCACAGAUAACCGGAGCGGAGUCAAAUGGGAGGUCUGAUGGGAAACUAGACACGUCGGCGCGUGUUUUGGUGUGUGGGGGUUUGCUUGCGUGUGUAUGUGUUGAGAAGAAAACUAGAAAUCUAGAAGCUGACUGGCGGCGCCGUGACACCAUGUGGAGCCCGGGAAGAGCCGCUCUGUGCUGGAUGCUGCUGGAGACGUUUCUGCGCUCUGCUGGAGGUCUCAACAUCUGUAUGAGCGGCAGCGCCACCUCCUGUGAAGAAUGCCUCCUGAUCCACCCCAGCUGCGCCUGGUGCGCACAAGAGGACUUCGGGAAGCGCCGCUCGCUGACGUCGCGAUGCGACCUCAAGCAAAACUUGCAGAAGAGGGGCUGUGAGCCGCGCUUCAUCGAGUACCCCAGGAGUACAAUCUCCGUCCUGCAGAACUCACCGCUGAGCACUAAAGGAUCGGGACCGGCCCAGUACGACGUGGUGCAGAUCAUGCCCCAGAGGAUCUCCCUCAGCCUGCGGCCAGGAGACCAGACGGCGUUCAGCCUGCAGGUGCGGCAGGUGGAGGAUUACCCGGUGGACCUCUACUACCUGAUGGACCUCUCGCUGUCCAUGAAAGACGACCUGGACACCAUCCGUAACCUGGGCACCAAGCUGGCGGAGGAGAUGGGGAAGCUGACCAGCAACUUCCGUCUGGGCUUCGGCUCCUUCGUGGAUAAAAACAUGUCGCCCUUCUCCUACACGGCCCCCAAGUACCAGGAGAACCCCUGCAACGGAUACAAGCUCUUCCCAAACUGCGUGCCCACCUUCGGUUUUCGCCACAUCCUCUCUCUGACGGACAAAGUGGACCGUUUCAACGAGGAGGUGCAGAAGCAGAUGGUGUCCCGGAACCGAGAUGCUCCAGAGGGCGGCUUCGACGCCAUCCUGCAGGCCGCCGUGUGCAAGGAGGAGAUUGGCUGGAGGAAGGAGGCCUACCACCUGCUGGUGUUUGCCACGGACGACGUGCCGCACCUGGCUCUGGAUGGCCGGCUGGGGGGGCUGGUCCAGCCUCACGACGGCCGCUGUCACCUCAACGACCACAAUGAGUACAGCGCCUCCACCAAGAUGGACUAUCCGUCCCUCGCUCUGCUUGGAGAGAAACUGGCCGAAAAUAACAUCUUCCUCAUCUUCGCCGUGACCAAACGGCUCUACGUUAUUUAUAAGAAUUUCACAGCUCUCAUACCUGGAACCACAGUGGAGAUCCUGGACCAGGACUCGAAGAACGUCAUCCAGCUGAUCAUCGCCGCCUACAACAACAUUCGGUCCAAAGUGGAGCUGACUGUGUCGGAUCACCCCGAGGACAUCAGCCUGUCCUUCACCGCCACUUGCCAGGAUGGGAAGCCGCUGCCAGGCUUUAGGAAGUGUGCAGACUUGAAGAUUGGAGAAACGGUGUCCUUCGAUGUGAGUGUGGAAGCUCGUGGCUGCCCGCCCCGCGGCACCGACCAGACCUUCACCAUAAAGCCGGUGGGGUUUAAGGACCGCCUGGAGGUGGCUGUGGACUAUCAGUGUGACUGCAGCUGCAGCCGGACGGCGCAGAUCAACAGCAGCCUCUGCAACUCCAUUGGCAUGUAUAACUGCGGUACCUGCCGGUGCGAGCCGGGCUACCUGGGCGCCCACUGCGAGUGCCAGGAGGGCGAGGCCAGCAGCAUGUACCUCAGCGCCUGCCGGGAAGCCGAGGGCAAGCAGGUCUGCAGCGGCCGCGGCGAGUGCAGCUGCAACCAGUGCCUCUGCUACGAGUCUGAGUUUGGGAAGAUCUACGGAAGAUUCUGCGAGUGCGACGACUUCUCCUGCGCCAGACACAAAGGCGUCCUCUGCUCAGGUCAUGGAGAAUGCCACUGUGGGGAGUGCAAAUGCCACGCCGGCUUCGUGGGUGACAACUGUAACUGCUCCACAGAGAUGUCGCUCUGCUUCUCGGACGACGGGAAGAUGUGCAGCGGGCGAGGGAGCUGCGUGUGCGGCCGCUGUCAGUGCACCGAGCCGGGGGCGUUUGGAGAGACCUGCGAGAAAUGCCCCACCUGCCCCGAUGCCUGCGGCACCAAAAGGGAGUGUAUCGAGUGUCGGCUUUUCAACUCGGGGAGACUCGCAGACAACGAGACCUGCCAGCGCUUGUGCAAGGAUAAAAUCAUAACUGUGGAGAGCCUCGAAAACGAGGACGAUACAGCGGUGCUGUGUGUGUAUAAGACGGAGGACGACUGUGUGAUGAAGUUCACGUACCUGGAGCACGUCAGCGGACGCUCCAUCCUCACCGCGCUCCAGGAGCCGGAGUGUGGAGGUGGUCCGUCUGCCUUAACGGUCCUACUUGUUGUGGUGGGCACCAUCUUACUGGUGGGAGUGGUUCUGCUGGCCACCUGGAAACUGGUCAUCACCAUACACGACCGGAGAGAGUUCUCUCGCUUCCAGAGCGCUCGGGUCCGCGCCCGGUACCUCAUGGCAUCCAACCCUCUGUACAAGGACCCCAUCACCACUCACUUUGCAGAAAUGGAAACGUUUGAGAAGUCUUUUAACGGCGGGGUCCACUGAUCCCUCUGCAUGGGGCACGGCAGGACCGGUCCAACACACAGACCCCUGAAUGAUGGAGGACAGCAGACUGAACACACCCCCCCCUCCCUCUCUCCGCUCUCCGCCCGUCCACGCUGCUGACAAGCGAUUCAAACGAACCCAGAAGACGUUGAGUCUGUCGUAUUUCUGUUCCUGAGGAGAUUCAAACGGACGAUUAAACUCGGAGCGUGGAGCAGACUCAAAAUGUGGAUGUGCAGCUUACACAAGAUAAACUCCUAACUCCAACCACAUAGAGCAGCAUGUACUGAACAGGAUAUUGGCUUAUAUUUCCAUAUUUUCAGAAAUACUAAAGACACAUUUGAGAAAUGAGCUCUUCACUCAGCAGGACUCUGAUUUGCAGCAUAUUACUAGCUUAUAUUUCUAAAGAAGGUUGUAAUGAUCAUUUGAUACUACUAAUAUUUACUAAGCAACAGAUGUCUUACCUUUAUUUUGCACACAAGGUGUUAAAAUGUCUAAUUCUGUAAAGAUUUGUUUGGGUUGAUCACAUGAUGUAGUUUUACUCUCUUCUGUUAAUGUGAACAGCAGGGUAUUAACAAAGUGAAACCUGGACAUGAAGAGACUGCACUCGUGUCCCUCUUGUGUUGUCGAUGGGAACCAAACUGCCUCACCUCGAGUUCAAGAGAAGCUCCAAUCAGAUUUUAGCUCCCAGUUUUUCUAAAGCUUGAUCUGCCGACACCAGUUUGACUGAAUCUGGGUUCCCUUUAAGAACUAAAAUACACAAAGAUUUAUGAUGAGCAUUGAACAUAUUUUUCUCUUGCCUUCCUGUUGUGAUCAUGUCGUCUACAAAUGAGGAGCAGAGGUGAUGGCCAGUCAGAGAGUUGAUGUUUUAAACUGGCUGUGAUGUCUGGUGUUAGCCAUUCACCAGUUAGAAUGAAAAGUGAAACCUGAGCACCGUUGCUGUGCUCCACUCAGCCUUCCCGUUACUUACUGACAUCUUGUUCCGUUUCAACACAUCCUGUAAAACGUCUCCGCGCCUCUUCUGACUUUAGUUUGAGCUUUCUUCGCUCAGCAAAGGACCCAGUAUGGUCGACCUGAACUGUCGACUCGCGGUCACGUGGUUUCAAAACAUUCUUUUUCGCACACACCCUUCAAAGUCCACAAGCCGCACCGAGCCAAGUGAAACCCCUCCCGCUGUAGGAUGGUGAACACAGCGAUCAUGUCAGAGAGGAUUGACUAUUACAAGUUCACAAGUUCUGAAAAAAAUAAUGACUGAUGAGCUGCAGCAUCUUUAUUUUGCAUGUUAAUGGGAAGAAAAGAAAGAUAGGACUUUCGCCCAUUGUUACAUGUUUAUGUACUUCCUCAAUACCUCGGAAGAUCAAAUCCAUCCUGCUCUCUGGCUGAAAAAGCAGCUUCUGGAAGUUGAGUAGUCAGAGCUACACAACAUUGCUGUCCCAGUGCCUUUCUGCAUAAAUAACCACAAAAUUCUGCUCUGCCUGCAGAGUGUAAUGAAAAGUUUGCCAGGGGGGUUGUGACAAGGAGGGGUGCACGACAGCAGACUGAGAACAAAAUGAAGGUAUUAUCGUCACACAAUGGCGACAAAGAAAACUAUUGGUCCAACCACACAGAACCUUUAAGAACAACCAGAGAGUUCUCCUUAUGGCGACCUGGAAGUGUUUACUUUUAGUGUCUUUACAGAUGGGGGGGAAAUAUGGGACUUUUAAAGUUCUAAUGGCCUGAUGAUUCUGGUCACCAGAUGAAUUCUUUUUGGAUCUCUAGGUCAGAGCAACCUUUUUGUGGUUACUGAAAACACAUGCUCUAUUAUUUUUAAAAGCUGAGUCAUUCCCAGUUGAUUAAGUGUGAGGACCGCUCUUCUUUCAGUCCCGUUGUGACUCAUCUACUUGGAAGGGAGGGAAAGUUUGGAUUUUCUCGUGAAUUAUUGACACAAAUUGCAAUCAAGACCCUUUGCAGAAUGCAAAUUACAGUGGACAGAGUGCCUAGAAAUGGUUUGCUUCAAGUCUUGAAUGCAUUUCUCUUGUCUCUAAUUGACCAUCCUACAUAGAGUCCUGCUUACAGAUGAUGUGCUAGUCAGAACUUGCACAAACUGAUGGGAUAAAGCCUUUACUUUGCCCAGGGAGUCUUCUAUUACAACAGCAGCCUAAGAUUCUAAAUGACUCACAGUGAGAAACACAGCCAAGAAAACAAAUUAGGUGCCUAGUUAAUCCAAAAGGAAUCCUUUGAUGUGGUUGUAAUUGGGUCACCACGUAGACCAGCGUCAGGACAUGUUAAUGAAUUAAUAUCUAAGGAGCUGAAAUGACUAAACUGAAUGCAACAAGGUGUAAAUGGUUCCAACAUGAGUUGACUUGUCAUGUUACAGGAGGUUCCAAAGCAUCAGUCAAAACAGUGAGUGGAGGUAUUGCUGUUGAAACACGUUUGACAGCAAUAACAGCACCAUUAGGUUUGGUACGGGGCCCAGUAGGGGUUUGGUACGGGGCCCAGUUGGGGUUUGGUGUGUGGGUUGUCACAGAGGAACCAGUGGGUGUGUUUGGGACACGCGUAUCGUCUUCCACUGUGUUGUAAAGAGACAGCCUAGCAAUUGGGCUUCAUGUCAGUUUAAACUCUUAAAUAUUUUCAAAGAUCAUUAUUGUGAUUUCAUUUUAAUUCACCAUGCCACUAUAUUGUGUACCUUAAUAGCAGAGAUCAUGUGUAUCUGCAUUUCCAUUACAAAUGAGAGCAAAUCUUUGUUUAUGUUCUGCUAAUGUUGAAAAAACACAAUUUUGCAAUUGUGGUGUUUCUGUUAAAUAAGAAAUUAAAUUAAAUUCACACGUGAAUAAGCUUGUUCACGUGGUAAGUCAUUAAAAAUCAUGGCAGCAAGAGAUGUAAACAGUUAAGAUAUAUUCAUAAUUCAGCCAUGGCCUAGCGCGUAUCAUCUGUCAGCCAAUCAGAAGAGACUUUGGUGUCUUAUUCAGGCUUUGGAGCGACAAGCUACUUGGGAGCAGCUAGGCAUGUCACGUUGGGGAAAUUGUAGUCGGCCAUUUUACAGAAAAGUUAUGGAUUGAACUCAAUAUAAUGACACAACUUUUUAUGAACUGUGAUGCUGUUAGAGCUCUGGAGGAGCCAGCUGCACAUUGUCCAAAAAAAACAAACUGUCAUCCUCCUACCACUUCCUGUUUGUCGUUUUCGCCAGUAGUUACAUGCGAUUGUUGAUCCAUGACCAUAGCCAAAAACACAACCUCAUCCUACUCAAAAAAACGUGAGGUUUUUUCUGAAAUUUCCUUGUUUCCAUUAAGCCAAUUUAUUUUUGUAAUUUCAAUUUGUGCAAUUUUCUGGUUAAUGGAAACGCAGCUGGAGGCUGUCACUGAUUUGCUGUUUAAACCUGUUGACAGUUGUUGGUUUGUACUUUUUGGAUAGAAGAAGAUUAAUAUGUAGUUAAUUAGUUGAAUAGAUCCAGAUUUUAUUCAUAAUUUUUGGGGAGAUAAAAAAAGAGCUUUGUUUGCAGUCCUGAAUGCAGAGAUGACUCAAUGUUCAAACAAUUAUGUUGUCUUUUUCUGUGCUGUCAUCUGUAAAUGUCUUUCCAGUAUCACCAGCCUUUUGCAUGAUAAAGGAUGUGGUGUUGUUGCUGAACUUGUACAGCUAGCUGGGUGUUGUUAGCUGUGUUUCCAUUACAAAUAUGACAAAACCUUGUCGAUAAUAUGCUAAUGCUGAAACACAUUUAAAAUCACGUGAAAAGUCAUUAUAAAACACCCAGCACCAUCAUCCUCCUGCCACUUCCUGUCGUCUUCUUUGACGUUUCUGCCAGUAGUAACGUCCCGCUGUUGAUCAAGUGACUUGUGCCAAAUGAAAAAAGUGUUCCCAUUGCAGUUUUCAAAAUACAUCUACAGUAUAUGGCCAAAAAACAACCUCAUCAUAGCUCAAUUUCUUUUUUAAAUUCCCUUAUCUGAAUUAAGUAAAUGUAUUUUCAUAAUUCCAAUUUGCACAAUUAUACGUUCAAUGGAAACACAGCUGUUGUGUGGGAGGGGGCUUGUGAAUAUUACUUGAGAGUGCCAAAUGGAUGGCUGUGUGUUUUUAUUAAGAGUUUGUCUCCUGGAACAGAAAUGUUCUUCCUGCAGGGUCCUUGAAGACAUGUCCACACUCCAUGUUGAUGUAACAAUAAACGGCUCAGUUCAAACACUU